AUGUCCCUCAAGGUCGAAACUAUCACCCUCAAACAGCCCACGACAGGCCUAGUUUCUCUGGCUACCCGCUAUACGUCAGUAAAUCAGUCGCCAGAAAGUCUAACUGUCCUCUUUACGCAUAGCACAAGCAAUCACAAAGAACAAUGGGACAUACCGAUCCGACGUAUCUUUGAAAUUUGUCCGGAUGUUAUUGGGGAGGCAUGGAGUAUCGACUGGCAAAGCCAUGGACAGUCAGCUCUGGUAAAUCAGGCAGUGUUGAGUCAAAGAACAGCGACUCUUACCGACUACGCAGACAUCUUGAGGCGGUUACUCGAAUCCAAAUAUCUCGAGGGAAAGAAUGUCGUCGUUGUUGGACAUUCAUCAUCAACACUAGCCUGGACACUGGCUAUACUUCAGGCUAUCAUAUCCCCAUCUCUUAUUAAAGCGGUUGUUUUCGUCGAAGCUGCAUAUGUCCUUCCUCCGCUCAAGGAAAACGACGAGCGAGUAGCUAAAGGAGUUACCAACGAGAAGGGUGUUAAAUCCAGAAAACACACAUUUCCCUCGAGGGAUGAGGCUGCUAAAUGGUGCCGAAGGCGCAUGCCCUGGAAGCUCUGGGACGAGCGAAUGUUCAAAUGUUACAUGGAAUACGCUUUCCGAUCAGUAGCACCUGGAUCAACUGAGGUGACGUUGAACUGUACACUAGAGCAAGAGCUAGAUGGUUAUGGGCCAAACAUUCCCCUUCUUGCUGGCCAUCUCUACCCGAAGCUCUGCGCCACCUAUCCAGUACACGGAAUAUUUGGGGAGCGCCCUGAUCUCUAUUCAAAUGCCACCAGGGACAAAUUCUUUGACGGACAGGAAGGACGAGUAAUGGCCAGUGUCCAUAUCGUUCCUAAAGCAGGGCAUUUGCUAGUACAAGAAGUCCCUGAGACUGCUGCAGACAUAAUUGCCGGGAUCUUGAAAAGCACCGGCCACCAGCGCACUCCUAUGGCGCGCCUUUGA